AUGGCACAACCUCAACCAGCCCCAGAUGCCGAACUCGUCUUCACAACAACCCACGACUACGUCUUCGCGCAGCCCGGACCACUAAUCCAGAUUUUCGGACGAAAAGUAGCAAUCGAUGAGCUCCACAAGGGUAUUGAGGGCGAAGGACUUGCUGUUCGACCGGAUCAGCCAGACCAUGCGAGCACUGCACUCGAGCAAUCACUCGAUCUCCUGCGCGCGAAGAACGCCUUUCCUGAUAACGAAGCCCUCCUUCGUUUCACCGCGCAGUCGCCAGAACUGCAGCUCGCCGGCGGUAUCACUCCAGAAGACUGGGUCAUCAGGGAAACUGUCCUCAACUGCGUCUACCCACCAUUCCAUUUCCAGCAGCUCAAUGUGGAUUUCGUCCUCGCUUUCCUUCGAGUCGCGCAAAAGUGCCAUAGCGAAGAGCGAGUCUAUCAAUUGGUUAUCUUGACUCAGACAACACAAGUGCAAUACCGCGUCGACAAACUUCUCACGAUCUUCGAUGCUCCAGCCACGCACUCAGUCUACCUAUACAGACACUUCGUGAGGGGACAGGAUGGAGCGAUUGUUGAGAAUUGGAAGGGCUUCAUGCUACGUCCUGGAGCAAGGGAACCCACGCCUGAAGUCGCGCCUCCACUGAGAUUCCGUCCUGACUUGCUGCUGCGAUUGAAGCGCCUUCGUGCGAAGCAGGAGGAGAUGCGUAAGCGAGCUGCUAGCGAUUCCUGA